UCCUGGAGCUGUGGUCCACCUACAUUCUCGCCUCACCAGUCCGGAACAGUAAGUCUACAAAAAUGAUCAAAGUGACGUUGUUGGUACUCUUGGUCCUGGUGACUGUGUCCUCCACCUUAGGGAAAUACAUCCCAAAGACUGGCAAGAGGAUUCCUCAGACUCUGUCCAGAGGUUGGGGUGAUCAGCUGAUAUGGGCUCAGACUUACGAGGAGGCUCUCUACUGGUCCAGGUCAAGAAACAAGCCUCUGAUGGUCAUCUUUCACCUUGAAGACUGCCCACACAGCCAAGCACUGAAGAAGGCUUUUUCUGAUGACAACGAAAUCCAGAAAAUGCUCGAUGAGGACUUCAUCGUUCUUAAUCUGGUGUAUGAAACGACAGACAAACAUCUCUCCCCUGAUGGACAGUAUGUUCCCAGAAUCAUUUUUGUCGACCCUUCGAUGACAGUGAGGGCCGAUAUCAAUGGGCGCUACUCCAACCGCAUGUAUGCUUAUGAACCAAGUGACCUCAAACUCUUGAUGACCAACAUGAAGAAGGCUAAGAAGCUUCUGAAGUCUGAGCUGUGAGCAAGAGGACAAGACGCUGACUUGACUUUUGACCCUCAUCCAGAGUUAUUUGCCCCCACAGAUACCAAACAACAUGCUGUCAACACAUUUUACACAUACACAUAAGUACUGGAAAGUUUCUUCUCUUCACCUUUCACUCUCGAAAUGUUUUCUCCUUGGGAAUUCACUUCCUGAUUCUUUCCUUUGUUAUUAUUGCUGUACAUUGAGAAUUUCUUAUGAAUAAAUAUGGAACUGUUCAUACAAACAUGGUGGAUAAUAUCCCUUUUUGUUUGCCAGCAGAUUGCAGGAAUGUAUAAAAGAAGACAUGAAAAAUACACAUACAAAAAAUUCUACUUCAAUGUGAGAACACUCAUGCUACUGCUGCUACUAGUAACACAAAAGUAGCUGCUACUAGCUUCCAAAAUAACAAAGCAAAAACAGGCGUUGAAAAUUAAUUUACAAUAAAAGACUGAAAUAUCUCAUUGC